AAACGUACAAGGCUCAGUCAUAAGAUUAAUCUUUAGUAAAUAAACAUCAAGACUACAUCAGGAAACCUUAUCCACACUAUUUUUACCCAUCGACAUCGAUUUAUUACACCUGAGUGUAUGAAAGACUGUGUGUAGUGUGUUAGGUUUAAUUAUUUAGUGAGAGUGUAAUGGCACGCUUUCUGACCUAUCUAGAGUAUGGGUUUUAUAUUGCAAUGCUAUUUUUUGUUAUUCCGAUAAAAAUUGAUAAGGAAAGUGUGGAGGACAGUUUUACGGAAUACAACAUCAGGUUCAAUAAAAGUUAUGAAAACCAGACCGUGUAUAAUUUGAGAUUAGAAGCUUUUAAGAACUCUUUAGAAACAAUAGAAACAUUAAACCAAAACAGAACGAACAACUCCGCCAUCUACGGCAUCACAAAAUUCUCAGAUCUUCAUCCAGAAGAAUUCCAAACCAAGUUCCUAACAACGUUCCUCCAUCAAGAGCCUAAAGAUGAUGAUUCUUCGGAAGAAAACUACUUCAACAAACGUUCAGCCAAAGAGUUACCGAAAAAAGUCGACUGGAGAUCCAAAAACAUAGUCACCAAAGUGAAAAAUCAGAAUCAAUGCGGCGCCUGUUGGGCUUUUUCUACAAUAGAAACAGUGGAGUCGAUGAACGCUAUGAAAACUGGCAAAUUGGAGGAGUUGAGUGUUCAGCAGAUGAUCGAUUGUUCGACCUUUAAUCGGGGGUGUGAAGGUGGUGACAUGUGUAGUUUGCUGCAGUGGAUGAUAAUGACCAAGGCGAAGGUUGUCACCGAAACAACGUAUCCUUUAACAAAGUCAAACGAUAAAUGCAGAAGGAAUGAUACGUGGAGUGGUGUUCAGAUUUCAGAAUUCAACUGUGGGGAAUUUGUUGGUAAUGAAGAUGUGAUGCUUGAGCUCAUCGCUUAUAUUGGACCAAUAACUGUCGCAGUGGAUGCAAAAACCUGGCAGAACUACGCUGGCGGAAUAAUUCAAUACCAUUGUAAUUCCAAGACUAGAAAUUUGAAUCACGCUGUUCAAAUUGUGGGGUAUGAUUUGACUGCCGAAAUUCCUCAUUACAUUGCCAGGAAUACCUGGGGUGAAGAUUUUGGGGACAAUGGAUACGUUUACAUUGCCAUUGGAGACAAUGUUUGUGGUAUUGCUAAUCAAGUGGCAGCUCUGAAAGUAUUAUAAGUUGUGAUAUUUUAUAUUUUUACUGAUUUUGUUUUGUUAAAUAUAAUGUUUAUUUUGA